GCCAAAAUGUCUGGGAGGAUGGGGCUGGGGUCCAAGCCCUGCGGUGACAGAAGUCCUGAGUCCCGUCUUCAUGCACCACCGCCUUUUCUCUUUACGGGUCUUUCCAGCGCUUCCACUCACGCAGUGCAGCCUGCCUGCCCUGCCUUCCUCAAGGCCCUGUCCCCUAGCCUCUGACUUGCCUUCCUAACCUUUGCCUUCCCCAAGUUCCUUUCCCUUGGCCCUUUCUUGUCCUCCUAUCAUGUACACCCCCAACUUCUGAGAUGUUUCCUGCAGCCCCUGCCCCUUCUUGAGGGCCCUGUCUACUACUGCUGUCUCCCAGUUCUGAACUCCACCCAGUGUCUGUCCUGUCCCCAGCCCCUGCUCAGCCCCAAGUUCCGCUCUAUCUCCCAAGUCCUGCCCUACGGCCCUGUUUUCAGCCCUCCCAUAGGGCUCACCAUCCUGUGCCCCCACAGGGCUCUAUCCUUGCUGUUUCCUCUCUGCCCAAGAAACUCCCAGGCCCGUGCCUUCCCUAGCCCUAUUUCAUAGUCUUCUCUGUCCCUGCCCUCGUCUCACUCCACGUCCCUUACACUCCUGAUCUCUCAUCAGCGCCACUGACUCUCUGACAGCAUUCCAAACGUCUUUCCAAUUGGUGCUCCCACACCAGCAGCCUCCUUCGGUUCCCCCAUAUCAACCUCUGCCCCUCUCUUCCCAGUGGUUGUCCCACACCACUUUUCCCCCUCUUGCCCCGACCUCCUUCUGCCUGCUCUCUGUGGGUUAAUCUUCGCAGUCCGCCAUCCUGACAGGCCCUGGCAGAGGAGGCCUAGUUGUCUGGAUGCUCCCCAAGGAACUGGGUAAGUUGCCUGCAGAAUCCACCCCGGCCAGCUCACUGCAGUGUCUGGUUAUUAGACUGGUUCCUGGGCCAGCCAAGGCUUUCUGCCUGCUUCUCCCCAGAAUCUUCCUUCAUUCUAAACACUCACGCAGUUUCUUAGGACUUGUACUCUCAGUUCCCUGGACUGAGUCAGGGAAAGGUGACGGUAGGAGAAGAGGAGAGAGUGGAUGCACUUGGAGUUCCUGGAAGAAGUCACUCUACUCCCCAUGUUCUCCCAGAACCCAACACAAGGCCGACUACAGAAGGUGGAGAGAUGGAACCGCCGUGAUCAGAAGCUGUUGGAGGCGGUGCAGCGGGGGGAUGUGGGACGCGUGGCUGCCCUGGCCUCCAGGAAGUCUGCCCGACCCACCAAGCUGAACUCCAAUGGCCAAUCCCCGUUCCAUCUGGCAGCCUCCAAAGGCCUGACAGAAUGUCUAACUAUACUGCUUGUGAACGGGGCUGAUAUCAACAGCAAGAAUGAAGAUGGAAGCACUGCCCUGCACCUGGCCACCAUCUCCUGCCAGCCACAAUGUGUCAAAGUCCUGCUGCAGCACGGUGCCAAUGAAGAUGCUGUGGACGCAGAAAAUCGUAGUCCGUUGCACUGGGCAGCCUCAUCUGGCUGUGCCUCCAGUGUGCUCCUGCUGUGUGACCACGAAGCCUUCCUGGACGUCCUAGAUAACGAUGGACGGACACCCCUGAUGAUUGCAUCGCUGGGUGGUCAUGCAGCUAUCUGCUCACAGCUACUGCAGAGAGGGGCCCGAGUUAAUGUCACAGACAAGGACGACAAAUCGGCUCUGAUCCUGGCCUGUGAGAAAGGUAGCGCCGAGGUGGCUGAGCUGCUCCUGAGCCACGGAGCGGAUGCAGGGGCGGCGGACAGCCUGGGGCACGACGCUCUGCAUUAUGCUCUGGGCACACAAGACAAGGUGCUGUGCCGGCUGCUGCGGCAGGCUCUGGACCGGCGGGGGCAGCGGGCAGGUCAGGGGCUUGUUCAACAUCCAGAUCUUGCCUGCCAGGCCUCUCCAUCUGAGCCUCGGGUGGGUUCUCCACCUAAGAGUCCAUGGAGAGCAGAGCCCGAGGAGGAGCAGGAGGAAGAGGAAGAGGAAGACCCAUGCUCAGAGGAGUGGAGGCGGAAGUAUGAGGAGGAGCAGAGGAAGGUUUCUCAGCUGGAGCAGGAGCUGGUGCGAAAGACUGAAGAGGCGAAGGCUCAAGCGGCAGCCUACCUGGGCCUGGAGAACCGGAUUCGAGAGCAGGUGCAGGAGCUGGGGCUCCUCCUAUCUCCAGAGCCUGGAGCUCCAGGAGGGCAGGGCUCUGGUCUCCGGCCCGGAGGAGACGGCAUGGAGCAGGGCUGUCCCUUGGGCCUGCUGGCCGAGCGCAUUCAAGAGCUAAGGAAGCAGCAGCAGACAGCAGCCGCAGCCGCAGCCGCAGCCGCAGCCAACGCAGUAUUAGCUUCUAAGAAGGCUGCGGAUUCAGCCUCGGGGGAGAUUCAGCAUGAAGCCCAUGGAAGGGUCCAACCAGAAGAACGAGGGCCACCCCAGAGCCCAAGGUGUGAGACCAUUGGGAAAGCCACAGGACAGCAGCUAAGCACCAACGGGGGACAGGCCCUUGGCCCUGAAUAUAUGGACAAGCCACAUGCUGGUCCGAAAGAGAGGCCCCAGGCCCCAGGCGCUGACCCGAUAGGCACAGUGGCUGAACCAGCGGGCCCCGCAGCCAUGAAUCAGCUCCUGCUACAACUGAGGGAGGAGCUGGCUGCGGUGUGGCGAGAGAAGGAUGCUGCCCGGGGGGCUCUGUCCAGACCGGUCCUGGAGGGGGCUCUGGGGACACCCCGGGCCGAGGCUGCAGCAGCGGCCUGGGAGAAGAUGGAGGCCAGGCUGGAGCAGGUGCUGGUGAGGCUGGAUAGGGCAAAGGCAGGAUUACAGGGGAAACCUCAGGCCCCUGCCCAGGAGCCCAGAGAGGGGGCCCCAAAGGCAGGCCCAGCGACCAUCACCAAAGAGCAUGAAGGGAGGGAGAAGAGGGCUCCUGGGGCUCGGGGAGAGCCUCUGGGGGCGCCUGGAGGGGAACGGACGCCCGCAGGAGGUCCAGCAAAGGGACAGCUGGAGAAGGAGGUAGUGGCUCUGAGACUGAGCAAUAGUAACUUGCUGGAGGAGCUGGGGGAGCUGGGGCAGGAGAGGCAGCGCUUGCAGGGGGAGCUGCAGUCCCUGAGCCAGCGGCUACAGCGGGAUUUCGUUCCCAAGCCAGAGGCGCAGGUCCAGCUGCAGCAGCUGCGGCGGAGCGUGGGGCUGCUGACCGAUGAGCUGGCCACGGAGAAGGAGGCCACCGAGAAGUUGCGCAGGCGCCUGGCCUCGCAGAGCAGUGGGCUCCGAGGGCUGUGGGACUACCUGCCGCCAGACCUGGUGGGCAAGGGGAGCGCAGGGCGCACGGCGGAGCCCCUGGAGGAGCUGCAGGCCUGCAUCAGCACCCUGGUGGAGCAGCACCGCGAGGCCCAGAAGGCGCUGGCUCGCCUGGAGGAGGAAAACCAGCAGCUGCGGGGGCCUCCUGCCCCCCGCGGGGAGCCGGGCAUCUUGUCGAAGGCCCCAGCACCCCCCCAGGUGGCCGCUCUGGAGCAAGACCUGGGGAAGCUGGAGGAGGAGCUGCGGGCGGUCCAGGCCACGAUGAGCGGGAAGAGCCAGGAGAUCGGGAAGCUGAAGCAGCUGCUCUACCAGGCCACCGAGGAAGUGGCCGAGCUGCGGGCUCGGGAGGCCGCCAGCCUGCGGCAGCACGAGAAGACUCGGGGCUCUCUGGUGGCCCAGGCCCAGGCUUGGGGCCAGGAGCUGAAGGCUCUGCUGGAGAAGUACAACACAGCGUGCCGGGAGAUGGGUCGGCUGCGCGAGGCCGUGGCGGAGGAGCGCCGCCGGAGCGGGGACCUGGCGGCGCGCGCGGCCGAGCAGGAGCGCCAGGCGGGCGAGAUGUGCGCGCGCUCGCAGCAGUUUGAGAGAACAGCCGAGCAGUUCAAAGACAAGGUGGAGCAUCUCAUUGGGGCAUGCCGGGACAAGGAGGCCAAGAUCAAGGAAUUGUUGAAGAAGAUGGAGCAGCUUUCAGAGGAGGUCUUAGCAGUUCGGGGAGAAAAUGCUCGCCUUGCCCUGCAGCUGCAGGAUUCCCAGAAGAACCACGAAGAGAUCAUCUCCACCUAUAGGAACCAUCUGCUGAAUGCUGCUCAGGGCUACAUGGAACAAGAUGUGUACAAUAUCUUGCUGCGUAUCCUCAGCAUCCAGGAGUGAGGCAGCUGGGUCCCGAGGGAUGUGCAAUUUCUCUGUGGGAGUAACAUCGUCCCUGAUUGCCAGAGGCUACUCCAGGC